ACCCCCCGCCCGCUCCAGACAUGGCGGAUUACAGGUCCGAGUGGCUCCGGCUGCCGAGCUUCUGGUCGCAUGGGGUCACCCGGGACGGACGGGUCUUCUUCAUCGAUGAAGAAGCGCACAGAACAACCUGGUUACAUCCAGCGACCGGCGAGGCCGUCAUCAGCGGACACCGCAAAACACCAGACCUACCAACCGGUUGGGAAGAAGGAUACACCUUCGAAGGGGCUCGAUACUACAUUAAUUUCAGGACUGCUGCAGCAAUGGCAUCACAAGAGAAAAAAGACCGGCCAGUGAGCGUGGUGAGUGAAGUUUCAACCUACACAAUGGCAUCAGAAAUGGCAUUGCUUCCAAUGAGUCCUGCAGGCAGGUCAUCAAGACCUUCAAAGAAAAUUCACAAUUUUGGCAAAAGAUCCAACUCUAUUAAGAGGAAUGCAAAUGCACCAGUUAUAAAACGUGGCUGGCUUUAUAAACAGGACAGUACAGGAAUGAAACUCUGGAAGAAGCGCUGGUUUGUGCUUGCUGAUCUGUGCCUGUUCUAUUAUAGAGAUGAAAAGGAAGAAGGCAUUCUAGGAAGCAUUCUUCUACCUAGUUUUAAGAUAGCUCCAGUUAGCCCUGAGGAUCAUAUAAACCGCAAAUAUGCAUUCAAGGCUUCUCAUCCAAAUAUGCGGACCUAUUAUUUCUAUACUGAAACAGCCAAGGAAAUGGAAUCCUGGAUGAAGGCUAUGAUAGAAGCGGCCCUUGUUCAAACAGAACCUGUGAAAAGGACUGAAAAGCUAGCAUCUGAAAUUGUACCUCCUAAAGAUGUCAUCCAUGUUCCAAACCACAAAAUGCUAGUCAAGCCUGAACUUCAGAACAACCAGAAAAAUAUGGACCCCAAUCUGGGUGUUCAACAAAAAGACAAUCCGAACAUCACUCAUGCUGAUAAAUAUCGUUUUGAGACUGAAGGACUAGACCAGCACAAGCCUUUGUCUAAAAUCAAUAGUAUAAAAUCGCAACCUGCAAAAUCAGAGAGUGGCAAUGUCAUGCCAGGUACCAACAGCGUUCAAUCUCAAGAGUACAAAUCUCUCCGUACAAGUGCUUCCAAUGAACAAAGUUCAAUUUGUCCAGUCAGUACUCCUGUAGAAAAUGUAGACACUGGAAGAGAAAGACUGGUUAGCUUAAAUGAAAGUGGAAGGGGCAUUCAAAGGACUAAUUCAAUGGUGCAGUUGGAGCAGUGGGUGAGAACUCAAAAAGGAAAGGGCCAAGAGGAAGAACCUAGAAGCAUCACAUGUUAUCAAACAUUACCAAGGAACCUGCCAAGCUAUCGGACUCAGGUCAUGCCAUGUUACAGAACAAUGCCACAUCACAGUCGUACAAGACCCGAUAGCAUCUGUUCGGCGUCACCUUCUGCAUACAAUAGAGUCCUUCGACCACCUUCCUCAGAAGAAAAACGGAAAUCGAUGCGGGAUGAUACCAUGUGGCAACUAUAUGAAUGGCAACAGCGUCAGGUCUACCAUAAGCAUGGGACACUAAGCAGACAUGGUACUUUAAGUACUCCCGUCACCAUGAUGAAUAUCGUUGAACAGUCACGCUCAAUUCCUCCAUCACCUUCUCACGGUUCACUGGCCCCCUACCAGGUAUACUCUCCCCUGAGGUCUUACAACGUUGAAUCAAGAUCAGAAGCAUUGUCACCUGUUUUAAGAGGAGAUAUGACCAUUGAUUCCAUGAAAUCUCGGCGGCACAGGACACCUGUCAACAGGUUUAUCUAUCCGCCAGACAGAAGGUCAAUGCCUGCUAGUGUACCUGUGCAAACCAUUACACCUGAGAGCUUGCAAGGCAAAACGCCAUGCUGUAAACUGAUGUUUACUGUAUGCUCCUCCUGAUUUGAAAUAGAUGAAAGAAAAUGAACCUUUAAUCGCCACGGUUCACACAAUGAUUGAGAACUCAGCACCAAGGCC